AUGUCGUACCCCCGCCUCGUGCGCCAGCCCCCACAGUAUGGGGGCUUUGAGGAUACCCAGGAGGAGCUCGAUUGGUAUGGUAGCAACCCCGAGGGCAUUGAUCGAGACCGCACCCCGGAAGCAGAGUACUCGAAUUGCCACUUAAGGAAGAAGAUAGUGGCUCCAGCGAUGGCGAAUGGAGCUGGCUCACCUAUUCUGACGCGUCCAGCCACUACCAAUGGCCCCCAAGCGUCCUCGCAAGCCUACCGCAAAGUCCAUGGCUGCCGUCAGGCUGCCGUCACCAGACCACCACCUCCACAAGAACCGCCCAUGGGACCCAUAAAGCCCAUAGGAGGGCCCUCUAAUGGACCCUUACCCCCCCCUAUUCUCGCUAUACCUCCUGCUCAUCAGCCAGGUCCUCCAAUGGGCCCACCCACCCCGUCAGAACCGGUCCUUAAUCCCUACACCGUUCAAUUACAACUCGCCCGUCAGGAACUCGAACCGGAACAGGCCGACGAAAACCAUAUGCUUCGGGACCGUGACGAACUCGCCCGCAUACAAAACGAGGUCAAUGAGAUCCGUACCCGUCGCCAGUCGGCUGCCCCUACCAUACACCAGCCGGUACCCCAAGCCCCCAUGCCACCGGCCCAUCAGCCGUUCCUAUUCGCUCCACCUCCCCAGCCGUCACCUGUACCUCUCCAGGCCCCACAACCAACUUUGGCCCUGCCGCAGCAGAGAACGCCAACACCGUCUGAGACGGAAGCAGUGCCACGUCGCUCCUUCUUACAUCAAGGUAAUGACCCCAUGAUAGCUCCCCUUCUUCUUCGUUUCAAAGCGGUGGACCUGAAAUACAUCAAACAAAUCUACCAUGGGACGUUCGAUGUCAAACACCUCAACAAACUAUCCCAUAGCUUCAUUAACCGCCUCGCUGGCGGCGAUGAGGAGACCAAGGGACUUAAAGAGCUUCUUCGAUGCUUCGAGGUCUAUGGCCAAAUCAUAUGUUUCUUUGCCCAUGAAACAGUUGCCCUACCCCUUCAAGAAGCCCUAUCGGACUACCGCUGCUACAUUUCUGACCUGUCAACUACCUACACCUUCCAAUCGGUACGCCAUUUCCACGAGAUCUUCGUUUAUGGUAGGAUUCAGCUUUGUCAAGACGAUGCCCAUGCGUGGCGAACACCCGACAAUCACCUAGAAAAUCGAAUCCUGAGACAGCGACCCCCGCCGACCCAACCGAGAGCCUACCCACUAUACAAUUCACGCCUAAGUUAG